AUGAAGGUAGAUUCAGACCCCUUGCCACCUGCUGACGCUACCUAUGUUGAAGUCUAUGACUGCAACAUGGUUGAAGUGAUAGAUGCUGCUGCUCCAAUCAAGGCUGUGCCUGAAGAGGAGUACGAAAAGAGGGUGCGUGAGGUGUACCCCAAUGCUGAGGAAGAACUGGUGGACUUCCUGAAUAGGUGCAAGCUGAAGAAUGCUGAAGUGAUGCUUUGCCCUAGGAAUUCUCCUAAAGAGUCAACAGGGUCAACACCUUUUCGACUAACAUAUGGUCACGAUGCUGUGCUACCUGUCGAAAUAAUGAUGCAGUCAAUUCGAGUGCAAAGGCAAUGGGAGCUACCUCCUGAUCACUAUGGGAACAUAAUGUUAGAUGAAUUAACAGACGUGGAUGAGGAGAGGUUGCAAGCGUUAGAUGCUUUGAUUCGACAAAAGGAACGAAUUGCUAGAGCAUAUAAUAAAAGGGUUAAAUCCAAACUCUUUGGUGUAGGAGAUUUGGUUUGGAAAGUUAUCCUUCCCAUGGACAGACGAGAUCGAGUCUUUGGAAAGUGGGUAACCAUUUAA